UGACAUGUCAUACGUUAUGUAAACGUUAACCAUCGGUAAAUCAACAAAAGGAAUUUAGAAAAGUAUAAGGAUUUGCAGAUGAAUUAAAUCUUAAAAUUACAUCCUAAGCAUUUGUGUUUGGAGAAAUUUGCAUGUUUGAAAAGAUAAGACGGAAGAGGGUGGUGGGUGUUCUGGUCCGACCAAAGGUAAAAGUUAAACAUAUACAACACACUGGAAUUCAAAGAUGAACGUGUUAACCCCCAACUUGGUACAACAACUCUCACUCUCAUUCUCUAAAUCUUUGUCAUGUUUUGAAUGGCAGAACAAGAACAAGAAUGUGUUGUCCCUCACAGUCACAGUGGCAGAACCACCUCGUUCUUCAACUUUGAUCCGAAUGGGUGGAGGGCCAAGGACUUUCCCUGGUGGGGUGUCCAAGUGGCAGUGGAAGCGUAUGCAGGCCAAGAAGGCCAAGCAGCUUCUGAAGGCGCGGCUGUGCCGUGAGCGACAGAUAUAUGAAAUGAGGAAGAGAGCUGAGCUUAAGGCUGCUGUGUCUGACCUGGAGAGGCCUUGGGAGGUGGUGGAGAAACCCCCCAAACUGUUCUCUGUCAGGGCCGAUGAGCAGCUCAAGGUUUUGGCUGAUAGGUUUCAGAAGCCUGGUGGUUUUGACCUUUGGACUGAAAAUGAUGGACCUCAACUGUUUCAAACACCUGAUGAGUUGCCUUCUGCAAGGUUCUUUCCUAAAGGGGUUGUUCAUAGUAUCAAGCCUUAUAUGAAGGUUACUGGUGAUGAUUUGGUGGAGGGACCAAAUGUUUUGGAAGAGGAUGGCGAUGAAGAGCGUUGGUCAGAGGAUGUUGGUGAUGGUGAGGGUGGUUCUUCUCCUUUGAACUAUGGGAGGAAUGGAGUGAAUGUCAGCGGGCGAUUGAGAAAGAAUGUGAAUGGAAGGAGGUAUUUGUCAGAGGAUGUUGAUCGGUCCCAUGGUGAGCGUUCUUCUCAUUUGCAUUCUGGGAGGAAUGAAUUGAAUGUUCAUGGUGUAUUGAGAAAGAAUGGGAAUGGAAAGAGACAUUCAUUACUGGAUGUUGAUCGAUCAAACGAUAAAAAUCAUUAUUCUUCUUUGAAUUCUGGGAAGAAUGGAUUGAAUGUUAAUGAUAGAAUGAGGAAUAAUGUGAAUAGAAGGAGGUAUUCUUUAGGGGAUGUUGAUCAGUUGGAUGAUGAAGAAAAUUAUUCUUCUUUGAACUCUGGGAGGAAUGGAUUGAAUGUUGAUGAUAGAAUGAGGAAGAGUGGGAAUGGAAAGAAGUUUUUUCCCAAGGGUGUUGAUGGGUCGGAUGAUGGAGAGCGUUCUUCUCCUUUGUAUGGGAGGAAUGGAGUGAAUUUUGAUGGCAAAGGCGGGAAUAAAAGGAGUGCAAGGAGUAUUCCAUCUAAGGAUGGUGAUAGGUCUAAUGGGUCUGGUGAUAUCAGAUUGAGGAGGAAGGAGAGUGGACAGAGGUUUAUGUCAAAGGAUGUUAAUGGAUCUAGUGAUAUAAGAUUGAGGAAGAAGGAAAAUGAACGGAGGUUUAUGUUAAAGGAUGUUAAUGGGUCUAAUAGGAUGCAUGAAGGAAGAGAUGGUUCUGGCAGAACACAGAGAGGGAGUAAUUCCAUUGCAGGCAGAAGGUAUGGAAAAUAUACUCAAAGGACUUCAAACAACGCUUCACCAAGGGUUAGAGAUGCUGAUUCUGAAGUUUAUGAUAUGGGUUUGCAACAAGAUGGAAGUUAUCAAUUUCUACAGAGUGAGAAAUCUGACUCUACAAGUUGGUAAAACUGUGGACUCUUAGUCAAAGGGUUUUUCUUAGUCAUCAAUGAAUUUUGAUGUUCGUAAAGGGUUUUCUUGAGGAAGAUGACUGAUGCUUUGUCACACUUUCGCAGGCCUUGUAAUAGUAUAUUUUGUAUAUAAUGCAUUUGAUCUUGAAUGAAAACGUUGAAUUUUUCUCCAAGAAAA